AUUCCUUUACAGGUGGAGUCCUUGCAUAAAAUGGUGAAUGAAACAAUGGUCACUGAAUUUAUACUCCUGGGACUCUCCAGCAACUCAGAGGCACAAUUCAUUCUCUUUGGUCUCUUUCUUGUCAUUUAUUUAGUAGCUUUGAUUGGGAACAUUCUUAUCCUUCUUGUGAUUAGUUUGGACAAAAGACUUCACAAUCCCAUGUAUUUUUUCCUUGCCAAUCUCUCUGUGGUGGACAUUGGGUACACAACUACCACCGUCCCCAAGAUGCUGAUGAAUUACCUAUCCCAGGACAAGAGAAUUUCCUUAGUAGGCUGCUUCUCUCAAAUGUAUUUCUUCAUCUCCUUUGGUGGGAUUGAGUGCCUUCUGCUCGGUGUCAUGGCAUAUGACCGGUAUGCAGCUAUUUGUCACCCACUACACUAUAAUAUACUUCUGAGCCCAAAGGUGUGUGCCUGUCUUGCAGCAGCUGCUUGGAUUCUUGGCUUGUUUAAUUCAGCAAUACACUCAGGCUUGAUGUCCCGUCUAUCUUUCUGUCAAGACAAUGUCAUCCACCACUUUUUCUGUGACAUCCCACCCCUGUUCCAGCUCUCCUGCUCUGACACUCGGGUCAACCAAAUUGUUACUUUUGUGGUGGCUGGAGGUGUGGUAAUGGGUCCAUUUCUGGUUAUCCUAGUAUCUUAUGUCUAUAUAGUCUUGACCAUCCUUGGGAUGCGCACAAAGGAGGGCCGUCUUAAGGCAUUCUCCACCUGUGCUUCUCACUUGACUGUUGUGAGCAUCUAUUAUGGGACCAUCAUCUUCACAUACUUUCGCCCCAACUCCACCUAUUCCCAGGAGCAAGACCGGGCCAUGCCUGUGCUCUAUGGGAUCCUAACACCUAUGCUUAAUCCAAUUAUCUAUAGCCUGAGGAACAAGGAUGUGCAAGGAGUACUCCAGAAAGUCAUGCAAAGAAAAGGAAAAGGGAUUCAAUUUCCAAGAUUGAAAUGA